AUGGCCGACCCGCACGACGACGCCACGGGAGCUCCGGCUGCGACAUCCCACGAGACAUCUCCCAUGACAUGCUGCUGCGGUUCCCCUGAGUGUGUGUUCCUGAGACACAACUGUUCCGUGCUCGAUAGUGUCGAGAAGGACGUCCAUCAGGCUGCGCGGAUGGGACAGCCCGCGUACUGCGCAGUCCCACGUCCCUCGGCGAUCCAACAGCAGCUGCGCAACAUCACAUUGACUCCGUCUGCUCUGCUGGCUCGACAUGAAGCCUACAUGGCCGAUGCCGAACGCGACCGCAACGAGCUGACGGCUCGCAUCGAGCACCUGGAGGUGGACAACAAGGAGCUGGAGGCCAGGAAUGCGAGGUCCAUCGAGGAGAACAGGGCCCUGCUGGACCAACUCGAGGCAAUGAACACGAGCGUCAACGAUUCCGAGGGCCGCAUCAAGUCGUUGGAGGCCACCCUACUCUCCUCACAGCAGACCAUUCGCCGGUUGGAGAGAGAGACAUUACGAGCUGAGGCGUUGGAGCGACAGCUGAUAGCCCUGGAGCAAGAACAAGCAGACCUGCAGAACACCCUGAUCAUGUCUCGCGAGGAGGCCCGGUCUGCCAUGUGGAGGUGGAAGCAGGCUGAGAGGGGUAUCAACGACUUGCAAGAACAAUUGGAGCGCAUGGAGAAUGAGGCAAGAGAGGAGAGGGAACACCACGUCGAGAUGAUGAGUCGCAUAGAGAAGCAGCGCGAGAUGGAGAAGGAGCUGAACACGGCAGCCGGACGACUGAAGGGUGCUGCUGCCGCCAAGUCGCUCAAGCAGGGGAACGGAGGAAGCAGUGUCGUUGGCCACUUUGUCCGGGAUCUGCUUCAGGAUAAUGCCAACCUUCAACAUAGCAUGGCCGAGUUGCGCGAGAUGCUCAUGAACUCCAACGACGAGAUCCAAGCUCUGCGGGAACAGCUAGCCUACCACCAACCCGUGGAAGACGGCGAAUCCAGUGCGACGCCGACGUUGAGGGCAGAGCUCGAAACGAAGGAGUCUCCCAGUGAUGAUAGGGAAACGUCACCCAAGUUCUCGCAGGAGCUCCAUAUUCACCACCACUACCACGUCUCCACGCCGAAGCAGGAGGCCAAGAAACCAAGGAAGAAGCGUUCGGGACUUACUGCUGGCAUUUUUAUUCCGCCUGCGACUUCGUUACCAUCCACUCCGCCCAACAGGCUGAUGCGGCAGCAGCAAGCACCACACUCGCGGACCGACUCUCUGCCCUCCAACCGCUGGUCUGUGUACUCGGAACAACCGUCCGAAUUCGCAACCUCUUCGGUACCGAGCUCGCCCCAGUCGAAUAACAGGCAUUCGGUAUUCGACCCCAUCCCAGAUUCGUCCCCCGGAUCACCUACGACAAGCGUUGAUCCCAUGUCGCCCACAUGGCGCGCGACGCACAGGAAACAACCAUCCAACAUGUCUUCACCGAGCGUUCAGCUACCGGCCAGCUUCUCACUCAACCCUGCCACUCCAAGACACUCUCACGCGAUCAUCGAAGAGUCCGAUGAUGGCGAAGGUCUUCCUGAGCUGGCCGAGACAACAGACGAGUCCACCGGGGAUGAUGAGGCAUCUUCGAGGGGACUUGGAACCCUACAUGACGACAUAUCCAUUACCCUCACAGAUACCGAUUCCGAUGGAACACCGCCCGUGCGGUUACGACGAGCCAUGUCCCACGAAUCCAUCAUGUCACUCUCGGGCGGUCUCGACAUUCACACGCUGAAGUCGAGGCCCAGUCAGCUCACCAUAGGCCAUCUUGGGUCGGCCACGUCCGUAACGGGCAGUAGUGCCGUCACGGCCAGGCCGAUGAUGUCGUGCGACAGUGCCAAGCGGAGCAGUGCCAUCCUCCACGACAGCUACGGGUCAUCCCCCAUAGACAGCCUGCGGUCCGUCUCCAACCCCGCCGCUCAGAACGAAUCAUCGAAACUUGGGAAAUGGGUUGGCUGGCGACCUUGGGGUGGUGGGGGCGGAACGGCCGGUGGCGGUGGGACACCUUCCAAGGCCAUCAGGGAGAAAGAGACCCAGAGGCAUAUGAGCCGUCCUCCCGGUAUCAACCAGGCGGGCGCAAUACCUGGCUUCUCGGAGUACCUUGCCGCGGCCCAGAAGAAGGGACCUCCAGUCAAGACCAGUCCUGAUGCCGUCGACCGAGAUGCGUUGAGGGAGGGUCUUGGCGAGUGA